GAAGUAACAGGUAAGGCAGAUGGGUGUGGGGUGAAAAAGAAGCACAGAAAAGAGAAGGACCCAUUUAAAGGAAGGGAAGUUGAACAAAGUGCCAGACAUAUGACAGAUACUCCUGAUUUGGUUUAAAACACGCCACAUGCCACGUAGCAUGUGAAAGAAGCCACCCUAGCCUGUUCUACGAAGUAUAAGGCAACAAUGAUGCAUCAGUUUUGGGGAGCAUCAUUUCUCUUGAGUCAGCUGCUGUGGCACACUAGUGAAACCACAUGUGGGAAGGAUGAAUAUGUGAUUAAUGUAAUGUUGCUAAAUGACUCUGACUAUCCAGUUAUUUCAGAGAACUUAAAACCAACUGUAGAACUGGGCCUCCAUCUGGUGCGUGACAUUCUGAGAGAUAACAAGAUUAGCGUCAAUGUCAAUGCUACAUAUGAUGUGUUCAACACAUCUGUCUAUUCCUCACAAGGGUGCCGCACUAGCACUUGUGAAGGUGUGGCAUUUGUUAAACAACUUAAUGACCAUAGCAAAUGUGGGUGUGUUGUCCUAGGUCCCACGUGUUCAUUUGCCACAUAUCAGUUGGUCUCAUUAGAUCAUAAGUUGGACCCCCCUCUGAUUUCUGUUGGGAGUUUUGGUUUGUCUUGUGACUUCAAAGCAAAUUUAACAAGGAUGUUAACUCCAGCUAGGAAGGUGACCUACUUCUUGAUUGAUUUCUGGAAAAAUUCCAGUUUGCCAUUCAAAACUGUUGUGUGGGAAACAGUUUAUGUCUAUAAGAAGAAUGACAUCACUGAAGACUGCUACUGGUAUAUGAAUGCCCUAGAUACUUCAGUUUCAGAUAUCUCAACCUACAUGAAAUUCAAGGAAAUGAUAAGGACCCCAGAACACCUGCAAGAUAUUGUGAAAAAUUCAAGUCGAAAAAGCAAUGUAAUCCUCACAUGUGGUACCCCAGAUGAUAUCAAAACUGCCCUUGGGAAAGAAGAGGUGGAUGAGGAUAUAGUUUUCAUCCUGAUAGAUCUUCACAGUAACAUUUCUUAUGAAAAUACUCCCUCAGCUAGUUACAUGCGGAAUGUCCUUGUCCUGUCUCUGGCACCAACAAGCUACAGCACAAUUUUAAAUCAUAAUGAGACUCUCAUGGAUCUUAGUUUGCUGAAAAAUGACAUCAUUGUGGGAUACUUGGAUGCUGUCUUACUCUUUGGAUAUGCUUUGAAAGACCUUAUAUCUGGACUAGAAUCAGUUUAUCCUGCUGCCUUCCUUGACCAUUUUCGGAAUGUCACUUUUCAAGGUAUUCUAGGUCCUCGAACCUUGGAUGGAUAUGGAGAUAUUGAUGUCAAUUUCAGUAUUCUCUACACAUCAGUGGAUAACUUUCAAUUUAAACCCCUCCUGUGGUUUGACACACAUCUGAAUAAAACAGUUGUGAAGACAGAGGAGCCACAUUUCAUCUGGAAAAAAAACAUGCUGCCUAAUGAUACCCUUAACAGUGGUCCCCACAUCCUGAUUAUAGCUGUUUUCACACUUACUGCGACGGUGGUGCUAGUUCUGUUCAUUGCUUUGCUGGUGCUGAGGAAGUACAGAAGAGCCAAUCAACUCCGGCAAAAGAGAUGGUCCCAUAUUUCACCUGAGAAGAUACUGCCAUUGAAUACCAAUGAGUCAAGUCAUGUUAGUCUGAAGAUUGAUGAAGACAAAAGGCGGGACACUGUUCAAAGGCUGCGUCAAGGCAAAUAUGAUAAGAAGGUGAUAAUCCUGAAGGAUUUCAAACACGAUGGAAAUUUUACAGAGAAACAGAAAAUAGCUCUGAAUAAACUUCUUCAGAUUGACUAUUACAACCUGACUAAGUUCUAUGGGACAGUCAAGAUGGACACAAUGAUUUAUGGAGUAAUUGAGUACUGUGAAAGGGGAUCAUUGCGGGAUGUUUUAAAUGAUAAGAUAUCCUACCCUGAUGGAACUUUCAUGGAUUGGGAGUUUAAAAUUUCUGUCAUGUAUGACAUUGCUAAGGGAAUGUCUUACCUGCAUUCAAGCAAAACAGAAGUCCAUGGGCGCCUGAAAUCCACAAAUUGUGUUGUUGAUAAACGCAUGGUUGUGAAGAUCACUGAUUUUGGUUGCAAUUCUAUUCUGCCACCUAAAAAAGAUCUCUGGAUUGCUCCUGAGCACCUCCGUUGUGGUGACAUAUCUCAGAAAGGUGACGUGUAUAGCUAUGGAAUUAUAGCACAAGAGAUUAUUCUGCGUAAAGAGACCUUCUACACUAAUGGUUGUCGGGAUUCUAAAGAAAAACUUUAUAGAGUAGAAAGCAACAAAGAAGCACGACCAUUCCGGCCAGAUCUUUUAUUGGAGACAGAGGGGGAACGAGAGCAAGAAAUAUAUUUUCUAGUGAAAAGCUGCUGGGAAGAAGAUGCAGAAAAGAGACCAGAUUUUAAGAAAAUUGAAACUACUCUAGGUAGAAUAUUUAGCAACUACCACAGCCAAAACAAUGAGAGCUAUAUGGACACGUUGAUCCGACGUCUACAGUUGUAUUCACAAAACCUGGAGCACUUAGUAGAAGAGAGAACCAAGCUAUACAAAGCAGAACGAGAUCGAGCUGACAAACUUAAUUUCAUGCUUCUCCCAAGACCUGUGGUAAAGUCUUUGAAGGAAACUGGACGUGUAGAACCAGAAUUGUUUGAAGAAGUCAGUAUCUACUUCAGUGACAUUGUAGGCUUCACAACCAUAUGUAAAUACAGCACACCUAUGGAAGUGGUAGACAUGCUGAAUGACAUCUACAAGAACUUUGACCAUAUUCUUGAUCAUCAUGAUGUUUACAAGGUGGAGACCAUUGGAGAUGCAUAUAUGGUAGUAAGCGGUUUACCAAACAGAAAUGGUAAUUGUCAUGCAGUGGACAUUUCCAUGAUGGCCCUGGAUAUACUCAGCUUCAUGGGGUCAUUUGAAUUACGACAUCUUCCAGGCCUUCCUGUAUGGAUUCGAAUAGGAAUUCAUUCUGGUCCUUGUGCAGCUGGUGUAGUUGGGAUUAAAAUGCCUCGUUACUGCUUGUUUGGAGACACGGUGAACACAGCUUCAAGAAUGGAGUCUACAGGUUUACCCCUACGGAUUCAUGUAAAUGGUUCCACUAUUGCUAUUCUGAAGAGGACAGACUGUCAGUUCCAGUAUGAAGAACGAGGAGAAACUUACUUGAAGGGCAAAGGAACUGAGAUUACUUAUUGGCUGACAGGUGUGAAGGAUCAGCAAUAUAAUCUUCCAUCUCCUCCUUCUGUGGAGAAUCAGCAGCAUUUGCAGGCUGACUUUGCUGAGAUGAUAAAGGACUUGUUGCAAAGAAAACCAACGGGAGACUGCCAGAUGCAAGAGAUUUCAUGCAUGACUAGUUACUGCAAAGGCACCCUGGAAUAUCUGCAAUUGGCAACUACCGAACGCCCUGCCACUUAUCUGUAAAACUGGAUAGGAACAAAUUACGACUAAAAAGAUUUUAGAUUCCUACCACCACCACCCAUUUGCAGGAUUGAGGAGAGCAAGAUUGGUUGAAAGCAGAAUGCUGACCAUUCCUUUAAGUAUCAUUAAUCAGAAAGAGUCUGAUGGCAUUUUUUCAGACUAACAAACUUUAUUAAAAGACAUACAAGUUUUCAUGACUACAGCUCAUUUUUAAUAAAACGUGUUAGCCUGCAAAGGUACUACCAGACUCCUGAUUUUUGGCUACCAUAGACUAACAUGGCUCUCUACGAUGUCUACUUGUAUAUCAUUAGUAAUUAAUAAUCUGUGAAGAUUCCCUUUGCUGCAUUUCCAAAAUGCAAAUAACCUAGUGCAAGAUAUUUCUGCUGACUUAUUAGAGCCUUUAAUAAUACACUGCUUUUUGGAUACGUAGGGGUCAAAGUAAGAGGCUGUCAGCUAGUAACAUCUUUCACAUUCAGUUUGUUGCUUGUGGUCAAAUAGGAACAUAGGUAGAUAGCAAAGCUGACUUCUCUAUAAUGUAAAGUGAUUUUUAUAGGUACUCUUGAUUACAU